GAGAUUGAGAGAGAGAGAGAGAUGAGUCGUUUGGCAACAUUAUCAGAAGAACCCAUCGAUGAAGAUGGAGAAUACAAGCAUCAUCAGAGUCACAGCCCAUGGUACUCAUCAUCUGGAAAGAGAUCUCAUAAAACAUGGCGUAAUUGGCUGAAAACCCAUUUGUCUCUCCUCCCUAAUAAGCACAAAUCCAUCAAUGAUCUCAAUAUCCUUCUAAGUGUUUUGGGUUGCCCUCUCUUCCCAGUCUCCUUCCUCCCUCCCACUCCCAAAUCAUCAUCAUCUCAGGUCUCGUCAUCAGCACAAUAUAUAAUACAACAUUUCACAGCAGCCACCGGUUGUAGAAAGCUAGAGGGGACGGUAAGAAACAUGUACGCCACCGGAAAAGUUAACAUGGCCAUGGUGGACGAGCUCAACUCAAAUGCAUUGACCGCCAUCAGCAAUGUCAGAGUGUCGCAAAGAGGUUGUUUUGUUAUGUGGCAGAUGGUACCAAACAAAUGGUUGAUUGAGCUUGUUGUUGGUGGCCACAAGGUGGUUGCAGGCAGCGACGGCAAUGUUGCUUGGCGGCAUACACCGUGGCUCGGGUCUCAUGCUGCCAAAGGUGGUGUCCGUCCUCUCCGCCGUGCUCUUCAAGGCUUAGAUCCUAUGGCUGUGGCAGGUGUGUUCUCCCAAGCACAAUACAUGGGAGAAAAGCGAAUCGGGGAUGUUGAUUGCUUCGUCUUAAAAUUGUCGGCAGAUGAUGCAGACCUAGCUGAACGAAGCGACAAUACUGCAGAGAUGAUCAAACAUGUAAUGUUUGGUUACUUUAGCCAAAGAAAUGGGUUGCUGGUACACUUGGAGGAUUCUUACUUAACUAGAGUCCAAGCACCAGGUUCAUUCCCUAUGUACUGGGAAACUUAUAUGGCAACAAAAAUAGAGGACUACCGAAUCAUUGAGGGUGUGAUGAUUGCACAUUCUGGCCAAUCAGACGUAAUAAUCACACGAUUUGGGGAUAAUUUGAGGGCAGGACCUGUCAUCACAAGGAUGGAGGAGAAGUGGACCAUCGAUGAUUUAGCAUUUAAUGUCCCUGGCCUCUCGAUGGAUUGCUUUAUCCCUCCUGAAGAACUACACAAGGAUUCUACAGAAGAAAAUCUAGAUUGAACGGGUCAUCUUCAUCUUUAUCAUGAUCGAACGCGAUAUCAAUAAUAUCAAUUUGUAAACUGUGAAUGUGUAUGUAUAUUACUAAAGUUUCUUGACAAUUAGUUUUUCCAUCUUUUUUGCCUC